GGCCGGGCCUCCCGAGUUACUCUCACUUUCGGUUUCCAGUAAUCGCAGCUCUAUACAUUGUAUCACUGUGCUGUGUCCGGUGCUGGCCGGUCUGAUUCCCCGGUGUUCCCCGUUCCUGCAUUACCGGAGCCGCCGUCAGACCGGGACCCUGCUCAGUGACAGGAUGGCUCAGUGGUACGAGUUACAGCAAAUCGAUACCAAGUUCUUGGAACAAGUCCACCAGCUGUACGAUGACAGCUUCCCCAUGGAGAUACGGCAGUACCUGGCUCAGUGGCUAGAAGCACAAGACUGGGACCAUGCUUCAAGCAACGUGUCUCUUGCAACAAUCCUGUUCCACGGUCUCCUGUCUCAGCUGGAUGAUCAGUACAGCAGGUUUUCCCUGGAGUGCAACUUCUUGUUGCAGCAUAAUAUUCGGAAAAGCAAACGUAACCUACAGGAUCUUUUCCAAGAAGACCCAGAACAUAUGGCCAUGAUCAUAAACAACUGCCUACGAGAAGAAAGCAAGAUCUUAUCCAAUGCCCACGUAUAUGCCAAGAACCAGAUGGGCAGCACGCAGACAACAGUAAUGGUGGACAAGCACAGAGAGCUGGAGAAGAAAGUGACCGACAUCAAGAACAGAGCUCUCGAGGUGGAACAGGAUGUUAAAAACCUUGAGGACCUUCAAGAUGAAUAUGACUUCAAAUGCAAAACUAUACAAAGCAGAGAAAACGAGCACAGUCUAAUGGCACAAACUGAGCUGAAACAGGAAAAAUUGCUUCUUACCAACAUGUCCAUCACAGUCACCAUUAAACGAAAGGAAAUUGUUCACAAAAUAUCGGAACUGCUAAAUAUCACAGAGCAUAUACAGAGAGCCCUCAUUAGUGAAGAACUGGUUGAGUGGAAAUGCAGACAGCAAAUGGCCUGCAUCGGCGGUCCACCAAACGCUUGCCUCGAUCAACUGCAGAGCUGGUUCACCUCUAUUGCCAAGAGUCUACAGCAGGUGCGGCAACAGCUGAAGAAACUGGAGGAGUUGGAGCAGAAGCUGACGUACGACGGCGACCCCAUAACAAACAACAAGCAGGCGUUGCAGGAGCGCACACAGGGUUUAUUUAAGCAGCUCUUACAAAGCUCUUUUGUGGUUGAAAGGCAACCGUGCAUGCCCACCCACCCACAGCGGCCCCUGGUCCUGAAAACUGGCGUCCAGUUCACUGUGAAACUCAGACUUCUGGUCAAACUACAGGAGCUCAACUACCAGCUAAAAGUAAAAGCCGUUUUUGAUAAAGAUGUUAAUGAGAAGAACACGGUUAAAGGGUUCCGCAAAUUCAAUAUUCUAGGUACAAACACAAAAGUGAUGAACAUGGAGGAAUCCACCAAUGGAUGUCUGGCCGCGGAAUUCAGGCAUCUGCAAUUAAAAGAACAGAAAAGUGCCGGCAACAGAACCAAUGAGGGACCUCUGAUUGUCACGGAAGAGCUGCACUCCUUGAGUUUUGAGACACAACUUUGUCAGCCAGGAGUUGUGGUGGAUUUAGAGACCGCGUCACUUCCCAUUGUAGUGAUUUCCAAUGUGAGCCAGCUUCCUGCCGGCUGGGCCUCUAUUCUGUGGUACAACAUGCUGACCUCGGAGACAAAGAAUUUGUCCUUUUUCCUGAAUCCCCCGGCCGCCAGGUGGCCGCAGUUGUCUGAGGUGCUGAGCUGGCAGUUCUCCUCCGUAACCAAACGCGGCCUUAACGCAGAUCAGCUGAGCAUGCUGGAAGAGAAGCUGCUGGGUACCAACACAAAUAAUAUGGAGGACUUUAUUCCAUGGACUAGAUUCUGCAAGGAAAAUCUGAAUGAGAAGAAUUUCCCGUUUUGGCUUUGGAUUGAGGGCGUCUUAGAGCUGAUAAAAAAGCAUCUCUUGUGUCUUUGGAAUGAUGGGUGUAUUGUGGGUUUCAUAAGCAAGGAGAGGGAGCGCGUGCUGCUGAAGGACAAACCUCCGGGGACAUUUCUGCUAAGGUUCAGUGAAAGCAGCAGGGAAGGAGCCAUCACCUUUACCUGGGUGGAAAGAUUGCAGAAUGAUCCAUCAUACCGUUGUGUCAUUGCAGAGCCCAUUUUCCAUUCUGUGGAGCCUUAUACAAAGAAGGAGCUAUCCGCAGUUACCCUUCCAGAUAUUAUCCGCAGCUAUAAAGUAAUGGCAGCUGAGAAUAUUCCGGAGAAUCCACUGAAGUUCUUAUAUCCAAGCACGCUAAAGGAUACGGCAUUUGGGAAGUUCUACUCUAAGCCUAAGGAUGCUCCGGAACCGAUGGAUCUUGAUGGCCCAAAAGGAACAGGAUACAUCAAAACUGAACUCAUUUCAGUAUCUGAAGUACAUCCUUCUAGACUUCAGAAUCCAGAGUCCCUGCUGCCAAUGUCUGACGCCGAGUACGACGACCUGGCCAGGCUUGUAGGACCUGCUGAAUUUGACACUGUGAUGUCAUCUUACAGCAAUUAAACAGCUGCAAUAUUUUCUCAGAACAUCAUAAGAACAGCAACAUCCAUCAAUCACAUCGUUACAGAUUAGCUCUGCAAGUAUUCCGGAAGCUUCUCUCACUGUCUGUCGUAUCUCCUGCUGUAGAGACUGGCGAUUAUGCCGCGUACAUCAGACGCAUGUUAUUUGCUAGAAGCUGUGUGUGUUUAAUGCCUUAAGUACAUGUGUUAUAGGGGUAAAUGUAUGAAGCAGUGAUAAGAGUGGAGAAGUGAGCCAGUGGAGAAGUUGCCCAUGGCAACCAAUCAGCAUUGAAGUAACAUUUAAAAUUUGCAUACUAUACAAUUGUACGGAACAGCUGAUUGGUUGCCGUGGGCAACUUCUCCACAGGCUCACUUCUCCAUUCUUAUCACUGCUUCAUACAUUUACCCCAUGGAGUGUUGCUGACUAGGAUAUAAAAAUCACAUCAUUACUGCUUCAACCUAAACAAUAAUAAUAACAUUCAGUAUGAGUACUGUGCCCUGACCUAUAAUAAAACAUGCUACCUGUAUGUACAGA